CAGGUCUCCUCGUUGAUGGCAAACUACGACGUGAAAAAGAAUACGUUUCUGGAUAUUUUGCUAGGCCUAGGCUAGGCUAGUCGGAAGUUCUGGAUGAUGAAAACACAUUUUUGAUUAGUUUUGUUUGCAUAGCUAUUAUUUCAGUAUAUAUUCAAAAUGGCCCAAUGCGCACAGAGUGCGCGGGAGUUCAUUCAGAAUUCAUUUGGGCCUAUGGUGGCUGUAUUAUGUAGUCACGACGCAGAGGUCCUUGCACAGAAAAACAACUUAACGUUCGUGGAAAUGGCACGGCCCUUCUGUAGGCUCACUACUGAAGCUCAUAUCAGAGACCCACAAGGUCAGGUAAACUCGAUCCGAAACCUGCGUAUCAUUCUGAACGAUAUGAAUAGUCAACCGCCCUCAUCAGCUAUUGUGAGAAAAAUGUUGAAUGAUGUCGUUGGAAGUUUACACCCUAACUCAGAAGCGUCAAAAAGUAACGUGGUGUCUGCUGGAAAUUAUGAUUUACAACUUAGCGGUUCAACGCCUUGGUUCGAAGCGUACAGAGAGCACUUCCUUCAAGUCACGUUGCCCUCAGAGCAUGAGUUCAUCCGCCAUUUUAUUGCCUGUAUGCUUGUUGUGUCAUCUAAUCAUGCAGACCCAAUUGACCAGUUCUCCAAGUUGAAUCAGCAGCAACAUCAGUUGCAGCACAGUAGUAGCGCAAACAAUCCUAAAUGGCUCUGUCCAAAUAUCUUCAAAUAUUACAUAUUGCUUCAUGACAACACAGAAGGGGAAGAGGAAAAAGCUGAAGCAGUUUACCAAAGUAUGAAGUCAACGUAUGGUUCUCACGCUUGCCACUUGUUACGGAUCAAUUCGCGUUCAAUACAAGCUGCCGAGGUCGCUUCCAUGGGGAACGAAUAUACUGCGAAUAUGCCUGAUCCAUGGAGCCAGUUUAUGACCAAUUCUGUCGAGGAGUCGGGAGAGAUGGAUAUUUCUCCAAGUGUAGACAACGGUGGUUUUCCCGACAAAGUGACGGAAACUGAUCCAGAGCAUAUAAAUGACCCAACACAGCCCGCAGAGCCCCUUCCAAUUGAAGACGAUAGUCCAGUUGAUCCUAUACCUAACACAAAUCCACCGCACCCACUGUCUCAGACUAAUGAGGUCGUCUCGCACCCGUUAGAUGAUCAAUCUGCUCAAACGCAAAUGAUUAUCACAAGUGACCCAGAUGACACACCUGAUGCUAACAAUGUUGACAUUGUUUUGAAAAAACUUGUUGGAGUACACGGAGCAUGUCUUACAUUAAGCGAUCAUGAUCGCUUGCGAAUAUUUAUUCACGAGUUUGUUGUACGUGGAUUGCUGCCGUACAUUGAGAAAAUGAUCCGGACGUUGAGUGAACAGCUGGCCUCUAGGAAAGGGAUCUCUAGGAGUUUUAUAAGUGCAACCAAGAACUGGUUCGGUGGGAAAAGGAAUGCAGAGAAGGCCAACAAAUCACAAGUGGACAUGGGGGGCAAGUACUUGCGCGAAUCUCCAGAAUUACAGAUGCGGCGUCUUGGUGAUUUAGCCUUCUUAGUUCAGAUGUAUGAACUAGCUUACACAUCAUUCCAUACAGCAAAACGAGAUUUCAACAAUGAUCAUGCAUAUAUGCAUUGUGCUGGAGCCUUGGAAAUGGCUGCAACCUCUGCAUUCAUGAUGGGCAACUUAAACAAGGUUUACCCAUCACACUACAUGGACAGUGCAGUGUCAAUGUAUGCUAACACAUGCAAGAAGCCAAGCUUUGCAACCAGAGCGAUUCUUCUGAGUACCGAGACACUGAAGGCAAGAGGCCUGUAUGGUGAAGCAGCCAUGGAGUUUAUCAGGAUGACUGGAGAGGACUCAGAUUUGAGGAGUGCCCUGUUCUUGGAGCAGGGUGCACAUUGUUUUAUAAACAUGAAGACACCGAUGGCUCGUAAAUACGCGUUUCACAUGAUACUGGCUGGCCACAGGUAUAGCAAGGCUGGACAGAGGAAGCAUGCUUUAAGAUCGUAUUGCCAAGCCCUUCAAGUGUACAAAGGAAAAGGCUGGACUCUAGCUGAGGAUCAUAUCAACUUUACUAUUGGUCGACAGUCAUUCAAUUUAAAACAGCUCGAUAACGCUAGCGCCGCAUUCAAACACCUGCUGACCUCUGACAGUAGGCAACCAGCUGUUCAACAGGCCGCAUUCCUACGUGAAUACUUAUUUGUUUUCCAGCAACAAAUGGCAACAGCAACUCAAGAUGGCAAAGCUUUAUCACCCGGCCUGCCUCAGCUACCCCUACCAAUCAUCAAUAAAAUAGCCACCAAGGUGCUCUUGGGAAGUACCAUACGACCGAUUUUACCAGAUAAUAAAAUUGCUGCCACGUCAGUAGCAUUUAAUCAACUCUACGACUCGGCUGAAACCGACAAAUGGUUCGAGCUAGAAGAGAUGGUGGUGAAAGCGGCUAACAAAUCGGCGCUUGCUACGUUAAGGCCGUCUCAAAAGUUACUCAACGGGAGGACAAAUAACAGUCAACGCCCAAUUGCUGUCAUCAGAGAACCUAUUACGAUUGAACUUGUACUGACAAAUCCCUUGAAAGUUUCCCUCUUGUUGUGCAAUCUGUGCCUUCUUUGGAGGUUUACGGAUCUGGAUUAUGAAAAAGUUAACGAUGAAACGCCGGAGAAACCACCAACAAUAAUUUCAAAUGAAAAUAUAUGCGUAAGUCCCAAGAUGAAUAUUGCGAAUGAAAUAAUUUACACCGAGACUAUUCCAGAAUUUGAGCUGAAAGCAAAUGAAAUAAAAGCAGUGCAAUUAUCAUUAACACCUCAACAGACUGGUGAACUUAGCAUUCUAGGAAUUAUGUACAGCCUAAGUACACCGAUGCAAUCCACAAGCUCGACGCCGGUCACAAACAUGGAGAUUCCAGGCAGUCCAUCUCUAAAGCAUUCCAAGAAAAUGGGUUCAAACGUUGUAUCGGUCCGUGGCAGACAAGAAGUGGACGUGCAAGGGCCUAGACUUAAUGGCACGUUGAUGGAGAAACGAGUUGUAACUUAUGGUCCUGACCGGAGGCUGGACCCAAUAAUUGCACCACCAAUGCCUCUGUUAGAGGCAUGUUUCAUAGAUUUUCCCUAUUCUUUACUUUGUGGAGAGAUUGGACAGACAAUUUUAGAAGUAUCAAACAAAGGAGAUUAUCCGCUACAUAAACUUUACAUAGUGUCGAAACAACCCCAGUGCUUUGCUUUCAGAUCUCCCAACAAUUCUCAUGUGAAUGCUGAUAUCCAAUCAGGAUCAUUGUACAGGACUAUUCCACUUGAUAAUAGGGUAGAUGUUGAUGAACAUGUAGUUGAUAUACAAAAAUUGUCUUGUGUUGUGAAAGUGCCUCUUCCUGAAGGACACUUAAAGCCGGGUUGCUCGGCAUCAAUACCAAUGUGGAUCCAAGGACCGGAAAAGGCCGGGAUACACGAUGUGGAUAUACUGUUUUAUUAUGAAUCAACAGAAGAAAAUUUUAAAUUGAGACACAGAGUACUAAGGCACUCUGCAGUGAUCAACACAACCCACUCACUGUGUUUGAAGGCAACAGCCACUAGAGGACAUAUACCAGAACAUAACCAAGGCAAUCAAAGUCUCGUAGUCAGUCUGCAAGUAGAAAAUAUGAACCAGGUGCAUGAUACUAACAUUACAGAGUUUAGUGUGGAACAAGUUACUUGUGUAAGUAAAACAUGGGCAUUGGAGCACAUAGCAACCAAAGAAAAACAAGAGUUUAAGAUCAGUGGUGGUGAAUCGGUAAUCUGUUGCCUAAAAGCUCAGCAUUGCAAGCAGAUCGGUCAGCUAGACGCCAAUCAAGUUGUGUUUACUGACGGUGUCCUAGGAAAAGAAAAGAUUAUGAGUUUUGAGAGUCCCUGCUCCGACUUCUACUUCCGUUCAAAAUUAAAAUUAAAUGAUUUAGAGUCAGAACCUCAAGAAGGCUCAUAUACGUCACAGAAUAACGAAGGGACAUCUUUGAAGCAAUUACUAGAGGGCGCUCUAGAAGUGGAUUUGACAUUACUGGUGCUUUGGAAGGCAUUCGUUGUUGACGAGGCAGGUAUUAGUCAUAAGUUUGUCGGACAGCAUCAUGUAACCAUGGCAAUGCUGGAUCAGCAGAUAUCUACAAUUCCAACAGCUCAGAGAAUGGUUGAACAGAAAGCAGUGAGAUUCUUAAAGGAUGUUGAUGUGAAUAACGGCACUGAACCAAGCUCAGCGGUCAUGAUACAACUAAUCAAGUGUAGUCUCCAACAUCCAGACCACAAAGAACAUGAUUUCACCCGAAAACGGCUGUGUACUGUACCUGUCACAUUACACCUAUGCAACUGCGCUGACAUGCAACUGUCUGUACAAGUAGAUACUGAUACAGCUCAGGACAAUACACCAACUGAUUCUUCCAGUGGCUACUAUGUCACCCCCAAGCCCCCAAAUUCAUCGGACUUUGUGUGGGUGAGACGAGUAUCGCAGCAGGUAACACUCGCACAAGAGACUAGUCAUCAAAUUCAGCUGCUGGCGUGCUUUUCGAAACCUGGCGUGUUCAACUUGAGUAAUAUCAAAGUGAAAGUAACGAGGCAGUCGCUUGGCAUGCAGGGAGAAUAUAUAGAACAGAAGAAACUGCUUCCCAGUGUUAUCACUGUCAGCAAAACAAUAAACAAUUUAAAAAGCUCGUUAGAGUCUUAAUUAAUUAUAAUAUCAGAUUAGUACAAACAAAAACAUAGGUCAAGAAUUUUAUUUUAAAUAUCCCAGAGUUAACAUUGUGAAUAAUUUGCACAAGAUUAUUGUAGAUAUUUAGCGAUUGUUUCUAUAGUAAUAUGAUUGGUUGUAUCAUCGAUCCUAUAAUAUUCUUAUGAUUAUGUAUUAUAUAUGUAGGGGUCAUAGAGUUUUCAGUACAGUAAUUGUUAAAGUAAAUAUAUAUUACAGAUAAUGAAACACACCUGCACAGGUGUUAAUGUGUAACCUGAGCUUAAAUGCCUAAUUAGAAAGGAAAUAAAGACUACUCCUCAAGCUA